AUGCGGACUCAGACUGUGGAAAUGGACAGAGGAGAAAGAGUGGAGAUGAUGGUGGCCAUCUAUGACAGUGCAGAUACUGAGAGACAUCAUGAUCUCCGUACUCACGCAGACAGACAACAACCACUUCAACACACAGGAAGUGUCUCGGUGAUGAACAGAAAGCAAAGAGCAGCUGAAGUGUGUUUGAGUCUGCUGUGUUUUCUUCUGCUGACUGCUGCAAUAGUGCUGUGUGUGUGUUUCACCACCGAGAGAAAUCAGUUACUAACUCAGAUCAGUAACCUGAGUGAAGAAAGAGAGAAGACACUUACAAAAUAUGAGCAGAUACUGAACAAUAACAAUAACCGGACUGAAGAAUGCAAGCAAAUACUCUCUAAAUAUGAGCAGAUACUGAACCACAAUAAGAACUUGACUAAAGAAAGAGAGCAGUUAUUUACGAAUAAUAUAAAAUUAAUAGCAGAGAAAGAACAUUUACUGAUGGAGAACAAAAAUAAGACAGAAAAAAGAGAUCAGAUAAUAAAGACCUGUGAACUCCAACAAGGACUAUUGGAAGAUCAGCAAAAUGAUCCCUUCAAAUGGAUUUACUACAACUUCAGUUUUUAUUAUAUUUCAUCUGAGUUGAAGAGCUGGACUGACAGCAGGAGAGACUGUCAACAGAGAGGAGCAGAUCUGGUGAACAUAAACAGUCCAAAGGAACAAGAUUUUUUACAAAAGAUUGCUGUUUCUGAUCACUUUUGGAUUGGUUUGGGAAAGGUGGAGGGGAAAUGGAAAUGGAUUAGUGGCACCAUAAUGACAAAUGGGUGAGAGAUCAAUGAAUUUAACUCAUCAUAAGCCUGAAACCUUCUGUACAGUCAGUAUCAUAUAGUAUUCAGAACUGAAUGAACCGAAUGAAUGAUGAUCUGCUUCACUGUUGUUUCAGGUACUGGA